UUGCCGCUGGGGCAGGCGCCACGAUAUCGUCAAUGCGCAAACACAUUACGGCGAAACAUAGGGGACGCUGGUAAUGCCUUGAAGCGCAAGUGCGUGAAGCAUAGCUUAAUCGUUUGCAUACACGCUGGGACCCUCCUGCUGAAGAUGAUAGGUGGCGGUUUUGGAGGUUUGGCAGGUUCGGCGUCGGCGGACGCAGUCCACCGCGGGAUAGGUCUUCUUCCCGCUGUCGAACGCGUCGCAGUGAUAACCGUACGCGAGGCACGCACGGGGUGCACCGAAGAUUUCGCCGGAUACGGUGUGCCCUGCGAGAUCGGCCAUUACUCUGUGCAAGGGGAACAGUGCGAGUAUGUCGAUGGUGCCAUUCAAAAGAGGUAUCUGCGCGCGUCAAUCCCCUCGAAUUCCGACUGGGAUCUCAACAUCGGAUACGAAUAUGCACAGCACAGAACGGGAGAAAGCUCGCCGUCGACGCAUAAUCUACUUCGCUGGAUUAUGCGGAACAAGGACAAAGUGGUGACGCCUUCGUCGCAGGAAGCUGAGAGCCCACGCACGCAUUUUGUUUGCGGCCGGUACACUUUGGCAACACUUCUGCGCACACCGUUCGAAGAAGAUGAAGCCUGGAGGAUAGCGGCUUGUCGGCAUAGAGACAUCGUGUACAUGCGUACCAUUCCUAGGAAGGAAGGAGUUGAGCGGUCCCUCAGUGACAUUCGCGACCCGCAUCGGCAUCGCCUGUCCUACUGUGGCAAGAAGUUCCAGCUCCUCAUGACCACGGAUGAAGCUGGAGCUGCCCCCAAGGAGAAUGAAGUCGUCAGCGAAAGCGAUGCAUACAACGUCGUCCUCCGAUGCCAGCUGGGAUCGCACUCCAUCGUACUAGGCGCCGAAGUUAAAGCGGUGGACCCCUCUGUUCAAUGCGAGCCGGGUUCUACAGCUGGAUACGUGGAGUUCAGGACAUAUGGCGGCAAGUUCAAGAAGAAGAACCGGUACAGGUUCUACAGGCACGUGUUGCUACGCUGGUGGGCCCACUGCCGCUUGGCCGGGUGCCCGAAGGCAUUUUGCGGUUUUCGCAACGAAAGUGGAAUGAUCUUUUCUAUCGAGGAGUUUGACGUUAUAAGGAUGCCGGAGAAGGCUGCGGGAAAAUGGUCGGAAGACGUAUGCAUGAAAUUCUGCGACAAGCUGCUUUCCUUCAUCAAACGGCGUGUUGAAGAGAAUGACGGAAGGUCUGGAAAGCCUACCUUUUCGAGUACGUGCCUACUUCAGGUGAAGUUGUCUGCACGCGCCUGACAGAUCCCGGGAACGUUUACGGGCUGCCAGAUUGGUUUCUGGAGGCGUUCGAAGGCUAUUGAAGUGUCCACAUCAGCUGCUGUCCUAAUCGCACUUCAUGCGGUGAUUUCAUGACAGCUGUUCUAAAGACUUUUUUUUAAAAGACAAAGGGGUUGAUAUUUCCUGUGUGCCCCGCAAAACGAUCUUGGUGAAGAUGUAGGACGGUCACACAUUGCCUUAUGCAAGUUCCGAAGUAUCUUGUUUAGAUUAUGUCAUUCUGGCAAAAUUAUUGUUGUUUUUUAUCAUGUUUCAUAGAGCUAAUGCUUUUGAAUUUUAACGCCUGAUGGACAGUGCUGUAUAAAUGUCGAAAUAUUUUAGGUAAUUGCACUACAAUGUAAACGAACGGUUAAAGAACUCAAUAUUCAUUGACGACGCAGGCACAAAAAUAAAUACUUUUUGCACCUG